CGCACGUUUCUCUCCAGACUGUCACAUGGCAUGCUUGGCCACUGCAAUGCAUGAAGAUAUGGGGGAGAUAGAAAAUGAACCAGUGCGACCAAAAAUUACGGAUGCAAAGGGUAUUCUCCAACAGAAUCGCGAGUUCCUGGACUUCUUCUGGGAUAUCGCUAAACCUGAACAAGAGAUACGGUUGAAGUCCAUUGAAAAUCUCAUACAAUAUCUGAAGAAGAGUGAAAAGGUUGGUGUGUUUGGGUCUGCUCUCAGUUGCUAGCUAGCUAACAGCUAGCUACGCAGUUAGCUAACAUAGCCUACUUAUCUUGCUAAACUAGCUAGAUAGCUGGUUAGCAAGGCACCUUUUACUGUUGGUGGGUGUUGCACUUUAGAGAAACACAUAACGUUAUCCAUUUCCAGUUUGGUACAGCUGUAAAACGCUGAGCAGUAUGGCUAGCUAGUUGGGCUAACGUUAGCUAACUACUGAAGAUGCCCAGGAAUAUUCUUUCACACAUUGCCACGUGUGUUGAGAGCUUUAAUUGCUGGCAUGUUUCUUACUCCUAUCAAUUUGAGUUGUCAAACUCUCGUUAGAAGGGGUAGGUGCUACCACACGUACUUUUUAUGUUAACUUUAUGGAGCCAUCCAGUUCUUGACAUUUAGCCCAAAUGUGUUGUCUUUCCUUUUAUAGCCAGAUGAGCUGAAGUACACUCUGAAGAGACUGGUGGAUGGCUUGGCACACACCAGAGAGGCUGCCCGGCCAGGCUUCAGUUUGGCUUUGGGACAGGUAAUGCAAUCAAAAACGCAUAUUUUGACAAAUGGGUAAAAUAAUGUCAAAUGUGUAGAUAGUCCUCUAAGAAAACCAAUGGUCAACAUCUCAUGUCGCCAUCAUAAUCCUUUCAAAAGUUAUUGGAGUUUUUACCCUUGUAAGAUGGCCAAAAUUAGGGUGACUAAAUCAAUGAAGGCCAGAAGAAAAAAAAGGAGUCAAAAAAAAGGAAAAUUGCACAGCAUCAUGUCAGCUAGGCUGGAUGCUGUGUGAGAAUGAAGGCUACCUGACAGGCUCACUGCCCUCUUGAUCAUCAUCAUUCUUCUCAAAUCCACAGGACAUAAAACAAUAUAGAGGUAAGAUAGAUAUCGAUUUUGAGACAUGUAGUAGUUUUGUAUACAGUUUUCAUAUUGAUGCGAAUUUCCUGUUCCUUUUCAAAGAUUUCAAACAAAAACAAGUGUAUCUCGGUGAAAUGUCAAUGGAGCACUGAGCGUACAGCAAGCUUUUUUAUUCUCAAAUCCUUUUACAUUUAAUUCAGCUAGUAUCAUGCUAAUGUAGGUUUUUGCGACAUACGGAAAGAACUUUGAAGAUGACCUCAACAUGUAAAAGCCUCAAAAGUUGCAGUGAGAAAGCUGCACUGCUCUGUCAACAGAGUUCGGUGCUUAUUAUCGGAUGUAUUAGGUUACGAAAUCCGACUUUUUGGAUAUACUGUUAAUGAAAAGACCCCACUGAACGAUUCAGAACAUGAGAAAUCAUAUUUGUCUUGGUAAACUGUAUUUUUUAACAUAAGGAAGGGAAAUUUCAUCGCCAAAGUGUGUUUUCACCCACUCAUGGCAGUGGGUGGACACCCUACUAUACAUCUAAUGUCUCGCCAACAUCCUGUGUCUUUGUACAUGUCUUUCAUUUACAUUACAUUUACGUCAUUUAGCAGACGCUCUUAUCCAGAGCGACUUACAAAUUGGUGCAUUCACCUUAUAGCCAGUGGGAUAACCACUUGACAAUGUUUUUUUGUUUUUUUUGGGGGGGUGGGGUAAGGGGGGAGUAGUCUUUCGAAUGAGUUAUUAAGGUGUUACUACAUAACAUGUAAGAAGAUGUGACUUAUGCAUCAUUUCUGUCAGGUCCUGAGCGUGUUUGAGGAGGUAUCUCUGCGUACUGCAUUUGAUCAAAUCAAAGAGAAGCACAACUUGGCGACAGUGAAAAAGGUGAGCAUGUGAUGUGACUAAAGUUAGAUGCUGUGUACCAUGGUAAAUAUUUACUAGUCAUUUUACUAACAUCCAUAUACUUAAUGUAAUCGGCCAAUGAAGAUCUCCAUUUUGUACUGUAUCUUGUGUUGACGUUUAUGUUCAUGUUGACAGAAACUCAUCAGAAAUGCUGCUUUUGGGAACUUAUUUGGUGUGCUCGCCCUGUCCCAGUCCACACGCCUUCCAAAGGUAAGAAUGACACCAGGUAACCCAAGGGCUUGGCAGAUAAGACUAAUAUACCAUGUUUGGCGCAGAGAAUGGAGGAGCACAUAGACGGGUUGGUUGUUUAGCAACAAAACUGACGGGUGCGGAACUAUGGGGCAAAACAGACGGUGUUGGCUUAGACUGUUGACAAGUAAACUAGACUGAACAAAAAUAUAAACGCAACAUAUAAAGUGUUGGUCCCAUGUUUCAUGAGCUGAAAUAAAAGAUCCCAGAAAUGUUCCAUACGCACCAAAAGCCUUUUUCUCUCAAAUGUUGUGCACAAAUUUGUUUACGUCCCUGUUGGUGAGUAUUUCUCCUUUGCCAAGAUAAUCCAUCCACCUGACAGGUGUGGCACAUCAAGAAGCUGAUUAAACAGCAUGAUCAUUACACAGGUGCACCUUGUGCUGGGGACAAAAGGCCACUCUAAAAUGUGCAGUUUUGUCACACAACACAAUGCCACAAGUUUUGAGGGAGCGUGCAAUUGUCCUGCUGACUGCAGGACUGUCCACCAGAGCUGUUGCCAGAGAAUUGAAUGUUCAUUUCUCUACCAUAAGCUGCCUCCAACGUUGUUUUAGAGAAUUUGGCAAUACGUCCAACCUGCCUCACAAUCGCAGACCACGUGUAUGGCGUCAUGUGGGCGAGAGGUUUGCUGAUGUGAACAGUGUGCCCCAUGGUGGGGUUAUGGUAUGGGCAGGCGUAAGCUACGGACAAUGUACACAAUUGCAUUUUAUUGAUGGCCAUUUGAAUGCACAGAGAUACCGUGACGAGAUCCUGAGGCCCAUUGCCGUGCCAUUAAUCAGCCGCCAUCACCUCAUGUUUCAGCAUGAUAAUGCAGGGCCCCAUGUUGCAAGGGUCUGUACACAAUUUCUGGAAGCUGAAAAUGUCCCAGUUCUUCCAUGGCCUGCAUACACACCAGACAUUUUGGAAAAUAUUUUUUUACGCCUUUUUCUCCCCAAUUUCGUGAUAUCCAAUUGGUAGUCUUGUCCCAUCGCUGCAACUCCUGUACGAACUCGGGAGAGGCGAAGGUCGAGAGCCAUGCGUUCUCUGAAACACGACCCUGCCAAGCCGCACUGCUUCUUGAUACGCUGCUCGCUUAACCCGGAAGCCAGUCGCACCAAUGUGUCGGAGGAAACACCGUACAACUGGCGACCAUGUCAGCGUGCAUGCGCCCGGCCCGCCACAAUACUCACCAGAAUUUUGUUUACAUUUUAGUCAUUUAGCAGACGCUCUUAUCCAGAGCGACUUACAGUUAGUGAGUGCAUACAUUAUUAUUUUUAUUAUUAUUAUUAUUUUCAUACCCCCUGUGGGAAUCGAACCCACAACCCUGGCGUUGCAAACGCCAUGCUCUACCAACUGAGCUACAUCCCUGCCGGCCAUUCCCUCCCCUACCCUGGACGACGCUGGGCCAAUUGUGUGCCGCCCCAUGGGUCUCCUGGUUGCGGCCGGCUACAACAGAGCCUGGAUUUGAAUCAGGAUCUCUAGUGGCACAGCUAGCACUGCGAUGCAGUGCCUUAGACCACUGCGCCACUCGGGAGAACUGUCACCCAUUCAGCAUGUUUGGGAUGCUCUGGUUCCAGUUAAAGCCAAUAUCCAGCAACUUCACACAGCCAUUGAAGAGGAGUGGGACAACAUUCCAAUGGUCACAAUCAACAGCAUGAUCAACUCUAUGUGAAGGAGAUGUUGUGCUGCAUGAGGCAAAUGGUGGUCACACCAGAUACUGACUGGUUUUCUGAUCCACGGCCCAAUAUAUAUUUUUUUUUAAGGUAUCUUUGACCAACAGAUGCAUAUCUGUAUUCCCAGUCAUAUGGAAUCCAUAGAUUAGGGCCUGAUUAAUUUAUUUCAAUUGACUGAUUUCCUUAAACAGUGGGGAGAACAAGUAUUUGAUACACUGCCGAUUUUGCAAGUUGUCCUACUUACAAAGCAUGUAGAGGUCUGUAAUUAUUAUCAUAGGUACACUUCAACUGUGAGAGACGGAAUCUAAAACAAAAAUCCAUAAAAUCACAUUGUAUGAUUUUAAAGUAAUUAAUUUGCAUUUUAUUGCAUGACAUAAGUAUUUGAUCACCUACCAACCAGUAAGAAUUCCGGCUCUCACAGACCUGUUCAUUUUUCUUUUAAGAAGCCCUCCUGUUCUCCACUCAUUACCUGUAUUAACUGCACCUGUUUGAACUCGUUACCUGUAUAAAAGACACCUGUCCACACACUCAAUCAAACAGACUCCAACCUCUCCACAGUGGCCAAGACCAGAGAGCUGUGUAAGGACAUCAGGGAUAAAAUUGUAGACCUGCACAAGGCUGGGAUGGGCUACAGGACAAUAGGCAAGCAGCUUGGUGAGAAGGCAACAACUGUUGGCGCAAUUAUUAGAAAAUGGAAGAAGUUCAAGAUGACGGUCCAUCACCCUCGGUCUGGGGCUCCGUGCAAGAUCUCACCUCGUGGGGCAUCAAUGAUCAUGAGGAAGGUGAGGGAUCAGCCCAGAACUACACGGCAGGACCUGGUCAAUGACCUGAAGAGAGCUGGGACCACAGUCUCAAAGAAAACCAUUAGUAACGCACUACGCCGUCCUGGAUUAAAAUCCUGCAGCGCACGCAAGGUCCCCCUGCUCAAGCCAGCGCAUGUCCAGGCCCGUCUGAAGUUUGCCAAUGACCAUCUGGAUGAUCCAGAGGAGGAAUGGGAGAAGGUCAUGUGGUCUGAUGAGACAAAAAUAGAGCUUUUUGGUCUAAACUCCACUCGCCGUGUUUGGAGGAAGAGGAAGGAUGAGUACAACCCCAAGAACACCAUCCCAACCGUGAAGCAUGGAGGUGGAAACAUCAUUCUUUGGGGAUGCUUUUCUGCAAAGGGGACAGGACGACUGCACCGUAUUGAGGGGAGGAUGGAUGGGGCCAUGUAUCGCGAGAUCUUGGCCAACAACCUCCUUCCCUCAGUAAGAGCAUUGAAGAUGGGUCGUGGCUGGGUCUUCCAGCAUGACAACGACCCGAAACACACAGCCAGGGCAACUAAGGAGUGGCUCCGUAAGAAGCAUCUCAAGGUCCUGGAGUGGCCUAGCCAGUCUCCAGAGCUGAACCCAAUAGAAAAUCUUUGGAGGGAGCUGAAAGUCCGUAUUGCCCAGCGACAGCCCCGAAACCUGAAGGAUCUGGAGAAGGUCUGUAUGGAGGAGUGGGCCAAAAUCCUUGCUGCAGUGUGUGCAAACCUGGUCAAGACCUACAGGAAACAUAUGAUCUCUGUAAUUGCAAACAAAGGUUUCUGUACCAAAUAUUAAGUUCUGCUUUUCUGAUGUAUCAAAUACUUAUGUCAUGCAAUAAAAUGCAAAUUAAUUACUUAAAAAUCAUACAAUGUGAUAUUCUGGAUUUUUGUUUUAGAUUCCGUCUCUCACAGUUGAAGUGUACCUAUGAUAAAAAUUACAGACCUCUACAUGCUUUGUAAGUAGGAAACACUGCCGAUUUUGCAGCUUAUCAAAUACUUGUUCUCCCCACUGUAUGAACUGUACCUCAGUAAAAUAGUUAAUUGUUGCGUUUAUUUUAGUUCAGUAUAUAUUUAGUCUCCAAACGUUUAUUGAAAACAUAAAUCCAUUUGCACAAUGAGCACUUGUCUCUCAAAUACAUUGUUAGUUGUUGGUUAGAUAGCUAGCGAAUCUUAGCCAUAUUAGCAUAGACAUGACAUCAGUCAAAACACCUCAAAACAAGACAUGGUAUCAAUAGCAAGAUACAAUGAGCUGAAACGAGCCACCUACGAUUCCCCACGACAGCUUCUUGUCAUUGUUGCUAGCUAUCUGACCAUUCAGAAUCAUAACACACGCCUUCCGGGCUCGUCGAUGCUUGUAUUAUUUUCAUGAUGUCAGCCAACCCGUCUAUGUCCCUCUAUUGUUACUGCAGAACCUAGAUCAGUCUCUACUUUUCAGACUUCAGUGUGUGUUUUGGUAUGCUAACUUACCUGUGUGUGUGUGUGUGUGACAGGAGCCUCAGGUGGUGCUGGAGUGUGUCCAGCUCCUCCAGAGCCUCUCGCUGCACAGAGAACACCUGCGGGACCUGCCCAGGAAGACCAUGGUGGACAUCCUGUCUGAGGUGAGUGACUCAGCCAGCUCUAUUUCAUACUGUAUCACUCUUUUCAUGGUCCAACGUUAACAUUUUCUCAUUGGCCCGGUCUGAAAUAUCUACUGGGCCGAACAUAUUUUCUAUUGGCCCGUACAUGGUGUAGUUUUUAAAUGCUUUGGGGCCACGCAGGGCCUAUAGGUUGGCAUGCUUUCUCUCUAUAUUCAGCUAUUAAUAGGCUAUAUCUGGUUAUUAUGGUAUGUAUUAAAAAGUUGUGUAAUUUAAUUUAGCAAUGUAAGUCAUUACUCCAUUCUUUAGAAUUGUAUUGUAUUAAUUGCACACAUUUUUGUUUCUAAAGAAUGUCAUUUUGAGUAGAUUUUUUUCUACAUUUCAAAAUAGGACACUGCCCCUUUAAGACGUUCUGCGGUCCAAAAGAGAUAUCGUCAUGGCUACAGUAGGCUAGCCAAAACGAAUGCUAGGUGUCUUUUUGUAGCUUUUUUUUGUUUUGCGGACUAUCAACAGUAGCCAGCAUAUUACUAGUAUGUUCACUAUUGAAGGUUUACUUUCGUAAAUCACGUAAAGCACAGGGAGUAGAUUGAUGGGCGCUUGUUUUUGCUCUGGACAGCUUGCGUGUGCUGUGUGUAAAGACAUCAACUCAUGUACUGCUCAAGAAGUUGUGACUAGCGGAAGCGUGGUGGUGCUUGAAUGAAUGGCCAAUCAUAUUGCUCAAAUACAAAUAGCUUUUCCGCGUGUAGUCUUCAAUGGUUUAAAAUGGUGGACUGCGACAUAGCAGGUAAAUGUUGAUCUGGAACAUGCUGAGAAGUUACUGGCCCGACGAGAUCCACUGGCCCUUACACAUGCUUUUACUCGCCCCGGGCCAACUUUAAUGUUGGACCCUGCUUCUAAUGGUGUCCCAAUGUGAUAAAUCCUGGUGUGGAAGGUUGCAGUCAGUAUGACCUGUGUGUUGUUUGGUGUGUGUGUGUUUCUCCAGACGUCAGAGGAGGUGUUUGAGGAGGUGUUGCUGGGAGCUCUGCAGACAGACCUGUCCUCCGCCUUCAGCACCCCCGAGCAGCUGCAGCUUCUCCUGGUGGCCAUGCAGAAGUUCCCCCAGGUGCUCAAGCCCAAGAAGCUGAAGAAGCUGCUGGGCACCUCCACAAUCAUUACCAUGGACAAUAUCCCUAAGUGAGCAGCUUUUUACGACUAGGUCUAGGUUAUUUUCCACGGUCAGGGUGACACACACACACACACACCUUUAAUAAAUGUACAAUCAAAACCUGUGUUUCCUCUCCUCUAGGUUAACAGAAGUACUGAAGAUGGCAGCCCGCUCUGUCAAGAAGGACCGCCUGCUGCCUCCGGUGGCUCUGGACCUGCUGCAGAUCUCUCUGAAGGAGGACAACUUUGAGCUCUUCUGGAGGGAAACAAUCAUCAACGGAAUGUUGAAAGACCAGCCAGGGCCCACACAGUAAGCACAGAACUGGGGUUAAAAGACUAUUGCUCCCCACUUACAUUUGGACCCUGAACCCAAAUAUUAGCUGAUUGAACUAAGUUCUGUAGCCUAGACCCCUGUAAUUUUUCACAUUUUUUUUUUUUUUUUUUUACAUUUUUAUUGCAAGCAUUUCCUCCCAUGUAUGUUCCUGUUUUCCUUCCUUUGUGGCAAAUGUCCAUAGCUGUGCCAACAGUCUGUCUUCUCUGUGCCACAGUUACCUGAGCUACCGGCUGCUGGGCAGUGCCCUGCCCUUGCUGAGCCUGGCCCAGCUAAAACAGGUGCUAAAUGGAGAGGUGAUGAGGGCCUACGGUGAACACGUGGUCUCUGCUCAGGUCAGUCUCUCCACAAAUGCACCAGGUCAUAGAAAUACAUAGUAAAGCUGCAGGCAUCUUAGUUGGUCACAAAAAAUGUGUAGUAAGAUGCUCACUUAUCCAAAAAGUUAGUUUAUAAUGUAUUGACUUACAAGUAUGCACUCACCUCGCCCCCUCAGCUCCCAGACCGCUUCAAGUUUGCCCCCGAGAUGGAGACGUACGUGGGCGACUUCCUGCAGGGCUGCGAUGACCCGGAGAAGCAGCUGGCGGUGAUGGUGGCCUUCUCCCUGCUCACCAACCAGGGCUACCCCGUGGUGCCCUCCUUCUGGAGGGUUGUGCAGCAUCUGCGGCCCACCGCCCUGCAGAGCUACGUGGACUGGCUCAAAGAGAUGUUCCUCAACCCCCAGCUGGACAGCUGCCUGGACUUCAGCACCCGCAGGCAGAAGGAGAACCAGGAGGGCGGAGUCCAGUGAGUAGAACCCUUAUAACAUGUCAUAACUAUUAAUAUAUAGCUAGAGAAAGAAGCAUUUCGCUACACCCGCAUUAACAUCUGCUAAACACGUGUAUGUGACCAAUAAGAUUUGAUUUGAUAUGCCUUUCCAAUGAAUUGUUGACUCUCUAUCCUUAGGAGAGAGAACUGUAUAUUCCGCCUGAGGAAAUGGAUCAUUCCGCGCCUCACCUCCAUCGUGGAGAACAACCAGGUGAAGAGAGAGGAGGAUCUAGUGAUGGAUGUAGCUAGGUGAGAGAUCUCACUGCAGGGAAAAGAUCAUGUCACUAACUGUUUGCUGCUCCAAGAAAUGUUAAAUGAUGCCUUGGUGGUAUCACUUGUGGGAGAAGCAAAGGGUUAUCUUUUUCCUGUACCAAGUUGGAUGUGCGUAAUCUUUUCAACAUUUAUAUCAUUUCAACCAAUGUAUUCUGAAGGGCAGUUUAUAUUAGUAAUGUAGCAUAUAUGCUAGGGAUGUAACGAUUCACUGAUGAUGUAACGAUUCACCGAUGAUGUAACGAUUCACCGAUACGCACCGGUUCCUGAUUCAAAUUUUUAAGAUACAAGUGCAUUUGUCCACGGACCCCAACCGAAUCCAAAUGUAGCAUGCAUCGGUCAGAAAAUCGAUUCAAAUGUUACGAAUCGCCAGUUCACAUUUUUUUGUUGCUCAUUUUCCAUUCUUUCUCUCUUCUGAAAAUACCUCCUCUUUUGUGACAACUGAUGAGUGCUCUCCUACAGUGUCGAACUGCAUUUAACGGUUGACAGUCAUUGAUCUACAAGUCAUUUUGCAUGCCGAACAACCCCAGACAAUAUCAGUAGCCUAGUCAAUCUGCCCAGCAUCGUUCGCUGACCAACGUGAGGUAGGCGGCCUGUUCCUGAUCUUCCACAUCUGCACAACACCUUCAGCAUUCAAAUGCUAAAAUGGCUUGUGUGAUAUUAGGCUUUAUUAGUUGAGUGACAAUCAAUAUAAUUUGCUAGGUUAUUGUUAUCUAUGCGCUGUUGAAAAUUGUGUUUUACCGGAAUAAAAGUAAACUACGGGAGACACAACUCUCAUCUGGCUAUACCUGCUGAACAAGGCUUACAAUAUAUUUUAUUUUCGUUGUUCAGGUUAACCAUCAGCAAUAGUUUUACUUUAUAAACAAUCAGUGGAUAUUAGGGAUAAAUAUUUUUCCUGAAAAUUCACCACGCUUCCAUCCUGGGAAUAAUUCAUAUUUAUCUAGAGUCCCGGGAAAUACCGCAAAUCGUUUGUGCCCAUUUUACAUUUUUAGUCAUUUAGCAGACACUCUUAUCCAGAGUGACUUACAUUUACAUUUACAUUUUAGUCAUUUAGCAGACGCUCUUAUCCAGAGCGACUUACAGUUAGUGAAUACAUCUUUUUUUUUUUUUUUUUUUAUAUACUGCCCCCCCGUGGGAAAACGAACCCACAACCCUGGCGUUGCAAACGCCAUGCUCUAUCAACUGAGCUACAUCCCUGCCGGCCAUUCCCUCCCCUACCCUGGACGACGCUGGGCCAAUUGUGCGCCGCCCAUGAGUCUCCCGGUCGCGGCCGGCUGCGACAGAGCCUGGAUUCGAACCAGGAUCUCUAGUGACACAGUUAGCACUGCGAUGCAGUGCCUUAGACCACUGCGCCACUCAGGAGCUAGUGUCACUAGAGAGUUAGUGAGUGCAUACAUUUUUUUACAGUUAGUGAGUGCAUACAUUUUUCAUGCUGGCCCCCUGUGGGAAUUGAACCCACAACCCUGGCGUUGCAAGUGCCAUGCUCUACCAACUGGCCUUUAGCGUUUAAAACCAAGAUAUGGUCACUAUGCCAGGGUUCUCCCCAAAUAAGAGGGGCGCUGCGGCACCUCGUCGGAUUGGCUGCGCCAUUACGUAAAGAUUUCAAAGCAAAUUAAACUGAUAUUUAGUAACGAUAAAAGUAACUGUCUUUGAUCGCCAAUAACAUUGUUGUGAACUGCGAAACAGGCAGUUCAUAAAUUCCAAGCGUUAUCAUGUUCCUCUAUUAAUUCAGCACAUUUCAGCAGUAGGCUAUCUCAACACCGAGCGCGCUCAGGAGUAGGCAUAUAGCGUUGUCGAAUCAUACAAACUUUGUAAUGGCACUUACAAACAAAAGUCAAAUGACCAAAUUUGCUAAGCUUGCUAGAUAACCUCCUUCAACGAAUGACAGAAUAUCUCCUAUAUUUAGAAAAAUUGAGUUGAUGACUAUACAGAUGGCAGAUCAGCUCAUGAAUAAUGGGGAGAUGAAGAGUGGAAAAAGUUUAAAUAUGAAAGUAUCUUAACGGAGACUAACUCUGUAAAAAAAAUUUUUUUAAUCUACUCUCAUACUGUUUUGUUGAUCACACAUUCUCUACCGAAGCUCACAUAUGGGCAGCAAGUACGAGACAGUGCAGAGAAGUGGGGGACAUGUUACAGCUGUAUUUUUGAAAUGAAUAGGCGAGAGACUUGCUUUGAUAAUGCAACCUAUGGAUUACAGAAUAGAGUUAGAAAUGUUAAUGCGAGUCAGGAUUUUGGGUUUUAUUGGGACUGGAUAGGAAAAUAGCCAUGGCUCUAGGAGAGGAGAAGAUAACAAUUCAAAGGCAUGAGAGAAAGUGUUAAGGCAGAGAUGCCUAUGUAGUGAAUUGUGCAUAGACCUAUCAAAUGUGAAGAGUCACGCUAACUAGGUGUCCAUCCAACCUUUUUAUGAGUAAAGUACAUGUCAGAUAAACGUCAUGAUGGGAGGUGAGAAAUAAUAACAUCAUAUCGAAGUAAACCGUCACGCGAUGACAUCUUGUGUGGUCCUCCCACUACGCCGCCUCAGGAGAGCAUGCAAUUUAUUAGGCUACAUAUGAAACAAGUUAUGAUCAACUUCACAGGGUGGUGAAAGUGCAAGGUGAUGAGCUUGAUGCUUCUUUCCAAUAAAUAUCGAGGAUCUUAUUCUGAUGACAUGAUCAUCGAUGCUUGGCUGCCAUUUGACAAAUACAAAUCAUCUCGCUCUUUUGUCCAUAAUAAUCUCAUCAUGUAGGCUAUACGUGCACUGUAGCCAACAGCACGCAGAUAUAAUACCAGUGGGCACACUUUCUAUAUAACAUUUUUUGUGAGAACCAUGAGUAUAGUUGAAAAUCUGAUAGAAACCCAUUUAACUUGUAUUUCUUUAUUCGGUACAUGGGAAUUUAACCGCAACAUUUAUUUUUAUGUGCACUACGUCAUCACACACAGCUUUUUAUCUGCUACCUGUACAUUUGAUGGUAACACAUCUGGUGGGAAAAUGUGCAUUGUUUUUAUGCAGAUUUUAGAAUAUUCGCAUUAAAAUCUUUCGCCAAUUGGAUGGAAACCUAGCUAAUGACAGCUCAAAGAGGUGCACGUUAUUUUAUAGGCUAUACUGUAGGGGUUUCCUGUAGGGUUUAUUAACUGCAUUCGUGUCGCGUUUGCAGUCCGGCAGUGUCAACUGUGAAUGUGCUUUGAGUUUAUGGGGACUUAGUGUGAAGUAAAUACUUUAGGCUAAAGGCUUCCAUGCCACAACCUGUUUGGAUAAUGUGCUAUUUAAUGGUUUAUUUUGGAGGGGGGUUCAAAUACAAAAUUGUGCUAUAUAUUCAUUGGUCAUAGCUAAUUUGUAAACCAUAAAGAUUGAUACAUUACUAGCUCAAACACUUACUGUAAUCUGCAAAAAUGACAAGUUAAUUAGUGGGUGAUGGUGAUUUUAGAACCAAAGUGGGGGGGACAAAAAACUAAAUUGUACCCCCCCCCCCCCCAAUCUGGUAGUGGCGUGGUAGAUGCCUAGUCUCCCUUGUGGCUCAGCUCAGUGCCUACAUAGUACAUACACCAUAGACAUAUACAUAAUACACACACAAGUCAGCUCAGACAGAUCCAGCUCAGAGAGACCCAGCUCCAUCAGCAUCAGAUUUGAAUUUACAAUGAAAAAUGAAUGUGUUUAUGCAACAAAUGUUAGUGCAUCAUAUCGGAGCACAUGUAUUGAAUUAUCUUGAGAGGGAAAGAUGCACAUCCCCAAUAGAUGCUAACCCAUUGUUUUAUCCUCCAUUGCACCAGGUUUGUCUUUUUCCAUGCUUUCUUUAAUGCUAAGAAGGCCACCCCAGACAUACCGGAGACAGAAGCCACUCUGUCAGUGCCCCUGGAUGAGAAGACCAGAGCCAUCAUCAUCAACUCCUUCUUUGGGUGAAAUAAGACUUCUUUACACUAUCACUUUACCAAACACAAGCUGUGGGGUAGUCAAAGAUGAAGAUCAUGGCUGGAAUAGUCGGUUAAGUUUUAAACGUAUGGUUUUAAAGGGGCAAUUACAUGAAACGCCACAGCAUGAGUGUUCAUUUCUGUUACUCUACACACCCUAUUAACACGUCUCUCUAAUCUCCCAACCCCUUCAGACUGCUGCAGCACAUGAACCACCUGCCUUUGCUGGGCGACUCCCCCGAGGUGGCGGGCCGCAACCAGAGGCACGUGCAGGGUGUGACGGGUGACGGCUCCAUGUGGAUCUACUGCCUAGUGCAGUACGCUGACGCCCUGCUCAACCAGCCCAAGUAUGCCCAGAGCACCCAGCCCUUCAGCCCUGAGCAGAGACAUUCCUGGGACAGGUACAGACCACACUGACUGUACAUGGACCAUGUAGAGAUGGGGGAUUUAAAGGUUGGUGUAAGAAAUGUAACCCAAUAGUGAACCUGUUGUUAUGAUAUAUCUAGUAUGCUGGCGUCAGUAGGGACUCUAAUGAAGAAAUCUAAGAAAGGCCAGACUCCAGAGACCUCUGCAUUCCAACAACUCUUCCUGCUGGUUGGCAUUCACCUCUUCAAGGUAAGCAAUUAACUAACAAAUGAGGGAAGAACAAUUAUUAUUGUAGUAAUAUGGACAUUUUUAAUUUAUUUUUAUUUAAUGUAAUAAUUUUUUUACAUUUUAGAUACGUAAUUCUACUUCGUUCUUUUCCCACACAUUUAUGUAUACGUGUUUGCUUGUACCGUAAAGGCUCCAGAGGAUUUGGUGGACCUGAUGCAGGAUCUGCAGAACUGCAUGGAGAAAGCCCAAGAAAAGAAAUCCAAGAAGAAGACAACGGGUAAGAGACCACAUAUCCAUAGGCAAUGUGUCAAAGCCAAUAAACCUUACUGAAGAGUUGUCUAAACCACCCCGGUCUUAAUCUGUGACAGGGAAGGAAGUACUCAUUCUCCAUAAAUUGAACAAUGAAAACCAUCUAUUUGGCUAGUUCCCCUCCAUACUCUUUCACAGUUUUACGGUGACAGUAAGGUUUGAUAAAUACCACCCUCUAUGUUUAAUAUGGUAGCCCUUGGUGUGAUGUCUCUGGAACCAUAUGUCCUCCGUUCAUCCAGGCACUGCAGCAGCAGAAGGAGUGGAGCCCCACUGGGCUGAGGUGGUAGUGGACAUCCUGCUCUCCCUCCUGUCCCAGCCCAGUAGACACAUCCGCCACGUCUGCAGGACUGUCUUCUCCAACAUCUGUCCCCACGUCACCGCCAGAGCCCUCACUGCCAUCUUGGAUGUAAGUGUUUGAGAGAAUGUGAAGGUUUCCUGUAAGAUAGACUAGAGAAUACUGUACUGUUACAGAGCUGUAGUUUUGAUAUGUUACAUUCAAAUAUUACAUUGUGUUCACUGAAGGUAACUUUUGUUGAUUUGUAAAAGUACAUGUUAGUAUAUUACAGGAAUGUCCAUUAAUUAGAUGCAUUGUGUAUUUAGGUUCUGGACCCAGAUAAAGAUGAGGAGGACAGUGCCGUCGUGGUGACGGAUGAUAAAGACUCAGACAAGAUAAAGAAAGACAAAAAAAAGAAAGGAGAGGAGGAUGAGGACGAUGAGGAAGAGAUGGAGGUCAGAUCAGUUCUUUCACACCUAGUCACGUCCAAAAAACUUAAGUGUAUUCUAAAGAAUAUUAUAAACCGGGUAGUUCGUGCCCCGAAUGCUGAUUGGUUGAAAGCCGUGGUAUAUCAGACUGUAUACCACAGGUAUGACACAAAUUACUUGUUUACUGCUCUAAUUACGUUGGAGACUAGUUUAUUAUAGCAAUAAGGCACCUCGGGGUUUGUAGUAUAUGGCCAAUAUACCACGGCUAAGGGCUGUAUCCAGGCACUCUGCGUCAUGCCAAUAUUCCACACCCCCUCGGGCAUUAUUGCUUAAAUAUAUCCUUCAUUUUAAACAAUGUCCUAGCAUCCCAUAAGAGUGAUUGCUUAUAUUUGAAUGUAAACAUACUCAUCCUAAAUAUGUAUUACUUGCUUCCCCAGAAUGAGGAACAGUCGGAUGAAUCUGAUGAUGACUCUGAUGAGGAGGAGGGUGAAGAUGAGGCCAUGGAGGAAGGGGGCGAGGUGGAUCAGAACUUCCGAAUUGAGCUGAUGAAGGUCCUACAGAACCAGGGUGCUCUGGUAGGUGUUUUCUUGCCUGUGAUUGGUAUUUUGUUCUAGCUCUGGGUUUGUAUUUACCGGUAACUCUUAGUUUUCAAGGUUUCACUUCUAGUGUUCAAGAAAUUGUUUUUUAGCCCUCAUUUUUUAAUGCAUUUUGUAGUAAGUCUCUCUGGAUAAGUUUCUAGUGGUUUCAAGGUUACAUUGAAAUUCUCUCUGAAGUGGAGGAUUCAAAAGCAGAGACAUGGUAUUCUAGACAUUAACUGGACUGGGUCGUUCUUCCUGCCUGUCACAGGCCACAGACGAGGACGGCAGCGAUGAUGACGAGCUGGACGAUGAAGCCAUGAUGAAGCUGGACAGCAGCAUCGCAGCACUGUUCCUUGAACAAAAGAAGAAGAUGCAGGCCAAGAAGGACGAGAAGGACAAGCUCAAAAAGGAAAAGACCCUCGUCAGAGACUUCAAGAUCAAGGUAUUCACAUGACAAGACGACUAUUUCUGUCUCAUCUGUUUGGAUACAGAAAUGAGUUGUAAGAGUGGAAGGUGUGAUGUGCUGUUUCCAAUGCUCGUACUAGUAUUAGUUUCAGGGCACAUACUAAUAACUUUGUUACACUAGCUAUGAGCAGUGCUAUUUCUAACACUGCCUCUCUUGUUCUUCUGGUGCUGGUCCCCCCCUAUGUUCAUGGUGUGCUGACCCUGGUCCUUUGCUGUGUUCCAGGUGCUGGACCUGGUGGAGGUGUUCCUGGCCAAGCAGGGCAGCAGCCCCCUGGUGCUGGGCAUGGUGGAGCCCCUGCUCAGCGUCAUCGAGAGCGGCAUGAGCUCUGAGAGCGACCAGCAGGAGCAGGACUUCCUCCGCAAGGCCGCAGACAUCUUCAAGUACGUCAUGCUAAUGCCUUUAGACGCAUACACAGGAGACUGGCUCAGAUACAUACCCACUACCCUCAGACACAUGCACAGGAGACUGGCUCAGAUACAUACCCACUACCCUCAGACACAUACACAGGAGACUGGCUCAGAAACAUACCCACUACCCUCAGACACAUACACAGGAGACUGGCUCAGAAACAUACCCACUACCCUCAGACACAUACACAGCAGACUGGCUCAGAUACAUACCCACUACCCUCAGACACAUACACAGGAGACUGGCUCAGAUACAUACCCACUACCCUCAGACACAUACACAGGAGACUGGCUCAGAUACAUACCCACUACCCUCAGACACAUACACAGGAGACUGGCUCAGAUACAUACCCACUACCCUCAGACACAUACACAGGAGACUGGCUCAGAUACAUACCCACUACCCUCAGACACAUACACAGCAGACUGGCUCAGAUACAUACCCACUACCCUCAGACACAUACACAGCAGACUGGCUCAGAUACAUACCCACUACCCUCAGACACAUACACAGCAGACUGGCUCAGAUACAUACCCACUACCCUCAGACACAUACACAGCAGACUGGCUCAGAUACAUACCCACUACCCUCAGACACAUACACAGCAGACUGGCUCAGAUACAUACCCACUACCCUCAGACACAUACACAGCAGACUGGCUCAGAUACAUACCCACUACCCUCAGACACAUACACAGCAGACUGGCUCAGAUACAUACCCACUACCCUCAGACACAUACACAGGAGACUGGCUCAGAUACAUACCCACUACCCUCAGACACAUACACAGGAGACUGGCUCAGAUACAUACCCACUACCCUCAGACACAUACACAGCAGACUGGCUCAGAUACAUACCCACUACCCUCAGACACAUACACAGGAGACUGGCUCAGAUACAUACCCACUACCCUCAGACACAUACACAGCAGACUGGCUCAGAUACAUACCCACUACCCUCAGACACAUACACAGGAGACUGGCUCAGAUACAUACCCACUACCCUCAGACACAUACACAGCAGACUGGCUCAGAUACAUACCCACUACCCUCAGACACAUACACAGCAGACUGGCUCAGAUACAUACCCACUACCCUCAGACACAUACACAGGGAUGCAAAGUCGUCGCAUUCCGCCGUUCUGAUCUCAAAAUAGGCCAUCCACGUGAAUCAUGUAGAUCUGAAUAAAACUUUUUUUGCGCGUGUGGAUGAAGAGGUCUUUUUUUUUUUUUUUGGGUGUUUUCCAGGUUGGCAAAGUUUUGGAAAAUGAUCAAAUCCAAAAGGUUUAGGAAAAGUCAUGGAAAUUAUUAAUUUCUAUUCAUGUAUUUAUUUAGGCACAGUUUUUUACUAUUUUAUCAAUCAAAUAAAAAUCAACAUCAGCCAGAAUCGGAAUGACACUAGCGCAUCUGUGUUUGCGCGCAUCACCUGCAUAUUUGCGAGAGGAGUGGGCCGUUGCAUCAGCAGGUAGGUCUAUAAAAUAUGAUAGAGAACAGAUUAACUAGGUAGCCAAUUCAAAACAUAUUGUACCCUCUAGUUAACUGUUUAGCUAUUAUUAGCAUGUAUUAAUGUUUUCAUCAUGUCCCAAAAAAACAACACUUGCAAAUAAGGCCAUACAAAGUUUGAACAUUUCAUAUGACUCAUUUAAAUGAUUAUUUUUGAUGAAACGAACGAUUCAUGUUACCAUUCUAUUAGUUGGGAUUCGGUUCAAUCACGGUGAAUGUAAUCAUGUGAAUAAAAAUAAAAAUGUGUGAAUCAUGAACAUUUCAUUGUAGAAAUAAAUAUUAGAUGUUGCCUUUCUUUUGGAUCAUGUGGCUUCAAAACUUGUUUUGUAGAUACUUCCAGUUGAUUUGAGCAUCCAAUGUAUGGUACAUUGUAACUCAAUAGAUGCUAGUCAGCCUGCAAAGUAAACACUUCUAAUGUAGCUAAGAUAAAUAUGACUAAACUAGAAAAGGUACAUUUCCUGAAAAUGUGUGGGCUUGUUUCAGCUGAAUAAAAAGAUUUGUAGCCUACCAUAGCCAUUUCAUCUUUUGAGAUUUUGAAUGAGCGAAUUAUUUAAAAAGGCACAAAACAUAUUUGGUUGUAAUGUUGCAAUGUUUUACAUCAAGGGUGGUCAACCAUCCUCCAGGAGAGCUAAUGGUUGUGCAGGCUUUUAUUCCAGUCUCCCUCUAACAAACCACAUUUUAGAAAUGAGCUGCUCAACUAGACCUUGAUAAACUGGCUUUGAUGUGUUUGAGUAGCUCUCCAGACUGAGGGCUGACCACGUGUUUUAUACAGUUGCCUAACAGGUAUUCUACUUUGGGGGCCUCCCAGUGUCGAUACUACAUUACACAUACUUUUUUAUACAGUGCCCUCCGUAAUUAUUGGGACAGUGACACAUUUUUUGUUUUGGCUCUGUACUCCAGCACUUUGGAUUUGAAAUGAUACAAGUGAGAAAGUUAGACGCACAAAUCAUACCCCCAAAACAUGCUAACCUCUCACAAUUACAAUAACAGGGGAGGUUAGCGUUUGAGGGGGUAUGAUAUUUCUGCAUCUUAACUUUCUCACUCAUCAUUCAGGACUAUCCACAAUCAUGGUAGCAUGCACAUUUAAAUUAAAGCUGACAGUCUACACUUUAACCUCAUAGUUAUUGUAUCAUUUCAAAUCCAAAGUGCUGGAGUACAGAGCCAAAACAACUAAAUGUGUCACUGUCCCAAUAAUUACGGAGGGUGCCGUAUGUACAUGGAGACGCCGCCAAUUGUUGAUAAUGGAAAUUUGGUUAAAAGUCAUAAUUCCAUCUGUCAAAAUGCAUAUGAAUCCUGCAUAUCGAAAUCAUUGACUGAGCACAGAAUGCAUCCCUACUCGUCAUACAAAAAAUAAUAUCAAAUAAAAGAGUUCAGAUUGUGAUGUUAGAUAUGUCAUAUCAGGAAGUUACAGGUAGUUUCGCAAGCCAAUGUAAACUAGUGUUAGCGCAAUGACUGAGUCUACAGGUACAGUAGCAUACUAAAAGUUAAUGAAUAAAAGGUUUGAGUGUUCCAUGCUUAAAUCAGGCACAAUGUACCCUCAAAUGAGUCACUUGUGAGACAAAUGUUCAGCUGCCCCUUUAAGGAAGUUGGAGGUAGUGCACUAUAAAGGGGAUAGAAUAUAGGGAUAGGGUGCCAUUUGGACAUAACCGAGGAGUGAUUGGAAGCGAUGGAUCCACUUGGAUUGUUCUCUAGCGUAAUAACUCAUUAACAAACACUAUUAUACAGAGCUCUACUGCACUAACAUUUUUUACAAGGAGUACAUGUAAUCCUAAAUAGAACAUUUUAGGAACACAAUGAAAGUGAAAAUGAAAUUUAUAUUAUUAAGUAUUUGAGGAAGUGUUUUAAUGACAAAUGACAUUAAUACUGUUAACGCAAAGCAAUGUGUUAGAUGUAAGACAGGAUGUGUUUUACUUCUCUUUAUGCACCUAUAUAGAACAACUUGUCAGGUGCAGGUGCAUUGAAGACUGAUCAAUUCCUGUCUGGGGAGACAGAUUAUCAUUGUCAUGUCAACGGUUUUCCAGUAUUAUUCUGCCACACUGAUCAGUCAGUAACAUCCUCUACGCUCUCCCCUCCCCCCUCCUCCCCUCCAGGAACCAGCUAUGCCGGGCCAAGCAGUAUUGUAAGACCGUAGGUGACAGACAGGGGGAGCUCCACGACCUACUGGAGAAACUCAUGACCAAAGCCCAGAAGCUCUCUGACUCGUCAGUGUCACUCUACUUCUUCAGUGCAUCUCUGUACCUGGUCAAAGUGCUGAGAGGGGGGGUGCCUGGGGCCUCAGCAGAUGGCAAGACAACACUAUCUACUGAGGAGGUAAGCCUCUUUACCUUUCAAAUUUCACUACAGUGACAGAAGUUGGUCCUUAACCAACCCCUUGCAUUAAUGUUGAUAGGUUCAACAUUAACCUCACAUCUGUUGAUAGGUUCAACAUUAACCUCACAUCUGUUGAUAGGUUCAACAUUAACCUCACAUCUGUUGAUAGGUUCAACAUUAACCUCACAUCUGUUGAUAGGUUCAACAUUAAUGUACGCUGAGUAUUUACUAUUAGCGUGUCUUUUGUGUAAAACCAACCUGUUGAUAUGCUGAAAUCUCCUUGUGCUGCAGCUGAGGUUCAUGGGUAACGUGGACGUGGAGAGGGUGUCGGACAUCUUUAAAGGGGCUCUGUGCUCAUUCAUGACGCGCAGGAAGAGCCCUCUGUCAGGCCUGAUGUUCAUCGACCUCUUCACCCGCUUCCCUGUGAGACAACGGCAACAACACUCUUAUUCUAUCCACACUGCCCUCUGAUUUCAAGAGACUGUAUAAACACUUGAAGAUAAAUAAUGUUUUCCUCUUGUGGCUGGUGUCAAGUAGUCUGUUGGCUGGUGUAACCGUGAUGCUAUUGGAGGUUGAUUAUCUUCUGUUGUGUGUAGGUUCUGUGUGUGAACAUAUUGGAGACUGCAGUGGAACACAUCACAACAGGAAUCCGAGAACACCAACAGGUAAGACUAGCAGGCUCCUCACCUCAACAAUUAGGAGUAAAAAGCAUCUAACCCUGGGUCAACUUCUACCAGCUCCACUUUUACAGUGAUGACUGACCUAACUCUUCCCAGCCAAUGGUCCUUUCAGCCUGAUGGUAAAUACCACUGAUCUGCAGAAUAACAUCUGCACAUUGAGGGUUUGACUUUGUAUGUAUGUGCCACAGAGCCAAGCCAGUGCCAUGGUGCUGCGGGCGCUGCAGAGCAGGGAGGUACAGCAGCUGUUGGCGGGCGACCCCUGGGCAGGGCUGCUUCAGAAGGCGGUGGGCCAGGUGGCAGCGGUAGGCAUCAAACACCUCACCCAAGCUUAGACAUUAGAGAACGUGUGAAACCCCACAGUGCACCAUACUGCAAUCCAUAGGAAUCAAUCUCUAGAUCACAUCAGAGACUUGGCAUCAUUACUAUAAAGCAUGGGGAAAAAUCAUGAUAUCACAUUAAUAAACUCUGAUCAACUAUCAAUUGAUUUUCAUGCAGUUCAAUCUAUAGGUUUCACUUAGAUGAUAAAUCAUCUGUCUCUCCCUGGGCUUCUGAUUUAGAAGAUGUUACUGAUAUGGUUGUGGAUGUUGUUCUCCUCAGAGUCUGGAGACUGUAGUUGAGACCGGUAAGAACAAGGUGGUCCAGGAGAAGUUGGUCAAAGCCCUGGAGCUUGGCCUGUUCCUCGUCAAAAACGUCAACCAGCAGGUAAACCAACUCUAAUUUUACCACAUCCUACUAAAAUGUGAGGAUUUCUUAACCCACCUUUGUCUCCUGUGUUUUACAGAAACUGUCUGUGGCUCUUGAGCCCCUCAAGAAGGUUCUUCAGUCCAUGAGAGAGGUUCUGGGCUUCAGGAAGACAGGCCAGAUGGAGGACACCUACUGGGCCCUCAUGAAACACUUUGGAGUCAUGUGAGUAACUCCGCCACAGGAUGACUUUAUGCAGUUACAGUACCAUGUCAUUGGGAAUUAAUAGUACCAACAAUACACUCAUAGUAACAUAUCAUCAUUGAGACCUACUUGACAGGUUUUUCUGUUGUUGGAUGUGAGAAAUGUUGAAACUUUCCACUAUUUCAGAUAAUUGAUAAGAGCUGCAGUGGCAGUAUACCCACAGAGCAGGUUGGUUAGUAGUCCUUUUAGGGCCCCCCAAGGGGUUAUCAAACUUUUUGGGGGCGGGUGACCCCUUUUUACAUUUUUGUCAUUUAGCAGGCUCUUACCCAGAGCGUCUUACAGGCGCAAUUAGGGUUAAGUGCCUUGCUCAAGUGUACGUCGGCUCGGGGCUGUAACCUUUCGGUUACUGACCCAACGCUCUUAACUGCUAGGCUACCUGCCACCCAUUUGUGAUAGCGAAUUCAUCGGGGACCCCGUCAUAAUCAGAACACAACUCGAGCAAAAUACAAGGAGUUUUACUAUGACUUUAGCAGUGCAUGGCCAGAUGAACCAAGUCUCGGGCCCUGGGAAGGAAUAUUGUAAAUUCCUGCCUCUUGGCAUCGGAGAGAAGAUUUAGCAGUUUAAGCUAAUUUCCUGCAAAUCUACACAUUUUGCCAUGAGGCAGAGAGAACUUUGCGUACUGUGGAUACCUAUAUCCCAUGUUGCCCAGGGUCAGGAAUAUAAAUUGUAGAUUAAUAAUAUUACAUUGUAAACAUAUUCCACAGAAAAUGUGUUUAAUCUGUUAACUAAAUUAUUUUUAAUGAACAUUUCUAACGUUUUAUUUUGAGAUCUGGCACUGCAGUACCGGGUCCACAGACCCCACUUUGCGAACCCCUUCUCUAAUACCACGUUUUUGUGGCUCCAUCUUUAACAGAAAGCCCAAAAGAGACAGGACCAGGAAAACCAAGGAGGACCAGGCUGAGCCGACCGCUCCCAAGAAGAAGAAAGGAUUCCUGCCUGAGACCAAAAAGAGAAAAAACCGCAAGAAGCAAUUGCCCGUCUCUGAGCAGGGGGCAACAGAUGCCAACACAGUCCCCUUGGGGAAACCAGAGGGAGGGAAGAAGAAAAGGAACAAAAACAAGAGGAAACAGCCAGGAGGAGGAGAGACACCUGGACAGGGGCUGGCCAAGAAGGCCAAGAUGACACAGUCUGCAGGCAAACAGAAGAAAAAGAAGCAGCAGGGAGGUGGAGGAGAAUAAAGUGGACUAUCUAGACUGUAUGUGUGUGUACUUAGACCCGGUCCACACAGGUUCUACAACUGAUGUAAAAUGCAUUUGUACAAACAUUGUUGUAUCCCAACAGUUUAGUUAAAUGCGUUGUACAUCAGUUGCAUAACCUGAUGUGAACAGGGCCAGAGAGAAAGCAUGUGGUUGUGAAGAUGUGGCCUCACUAAGUUUUCUGUUAUAUUUUUCAUACAAAGUCAUGGUGAGAGAGGUUUGUGGCCUUAGGCUGUGGACAGUGCUAGAUUGUCUCUUGUGUUCUUCAGUCUAUGUAACCCCCCCC